GAUUUAUAAUUAACUUGAUUAAUUCAACGGAAGCGAAUAUUUUCAUUAAAACAUUUCGAAGAGCGAAGGCAGAAGUGUAAAAUGUCAAAAUUUAUUCAAAUCAAAAUGAUCUUUCAUUUUAUUUGUUUAUUUAUCGCGUUUCAGAGUAUUACUUCCGUUUCCGGACGUUUAGACAGCCUUCUCGCUCGGCUCUAUAAUAAAGCCCAAAGCAGCCACCGGCCCCUGAUUGUCAUCCUGGACAACUCUUAUUUAAAGAAGAGCGUUCUUCAACCAGCUCACAAGCCAAUUAACCCGUUGAUCACCAGUAGUGGAGAAAUCAGACAUGUUGAGGCGCAAGAGUUUCUAAAAUUGACUGGAAGACCCAGGAUGUCAACGAUACCACCAUCAAAGAGACCCGUCAAACACAGAAACAAGUUCCGAGCGUUAGAUGAUGCUCAAUCACCAAUUGUCAAGAGUCUUCUACGCAUCUCCAACGAUCUACGAUGUGACGCAAAAGAUGACUGCGUCGACGAAUGCGAAGUAAAAUUCAGCGGUGUUAAGAAAAGGAAAUGUGUUUUUACAUGCCAAAUAACAUUUGAAUGUAAACAGGAAUCGGAUUCAUGUAAGGGCGACGAAUGUUAUCCAAAUUCUUGUCAGUCUGAUAGUUGCGAACCCCAACAGGGUAGCACUAAGGGUUACGUUAUGUCUUCUGAGAAAAAGUGUUAUAAAGGACGAUGUUAAUAAAGAUUUUCAUUUAUUAA